GAAUAUAAAAUGAGAAUGGAGCUCCAAUGAAGCUGCUCUAAUCUAUUUAUUUCCCCAAAUGAUAAUUUGCUUGAACCAGGCUGAAUCAAACCCCAGCUCUUUGUUCUCUGGUCUCUUCUAUUUGAUCGAAUCAAAAUUGAACCCCACAAACCCUCGGAUCGUGACUCUCACUUGGAUUUUUGAAAUUCAGCUCAAAUUAUUUACCAAUCAAAAAUUCCAAUGGGAUACCACUUAAAUAAGACUAGAAAAUCCGGAAAGAAAAAACUCUCAUUGGAAUCCUUAACCUCCACUGAUAAUUCCUCUGCCACAUCAUCAUCACCGUCCUCCUCUGAUGAAUUUGAGUCCUCAAAACGGCACAAACGCACCCAUAAACGACGACAUGGUAAAGACCGGGAUGAAGGGCGUAAAAGCAAGAAAUCACGAAGAGAUUAUAAAGAGAAGAACAAGAAGAAGCAUACUAAAGAAACAAGAAAGGAGAAAAGAAGAGAGAAAAAGAAAAGAAGGUAUGAGUCAGAUGACCAAAGUGGAUCCGAGUCGGAGGAUUUGGAGCCCAAGAGACAGCAAGAGGUUACACACGUUGUGGCUAAAUAUAUAUUAAAUGAGUUUUCAGGUGUUGCUGGGGACUUAGAGCAGCUUUUGCGAAUGAUUGACGAUGGACAAGCUGUUGAUAUAAGCGGAUUAUCUGAAAGGUCGUUAAUCAAGCAUCUGAGAAAGCUGUUUAUUUCUUUAAACCUUAAAGAAAGUAGUGAUCAUAUUUUUCUGCUUCCACCAAAUGUGGGUCCAACAUUGGAAGUUUUGGGACCUAUUAUCCACUCCCACGCCCAACCUCAAAAGCAGCUGCUUGAUCAUCCAGUAUCACAGACAGAGGAUUCAGUGAGGGCAGAUUCAGAAUGCAGAAAUAUGACUGAAAAUGAUUUGAAUGAUACAAAGGAAGACUGUGUUGGCCCACAAAGGAGGAUGAUUGGACCUGAAAUGCCGUCGGCUGAGUUGCUUGCUGUAGCAGCUAAAUUAACUGAAGCUGAAGCUGAAUUGAGAGAGGCCGAGUUGGAUGAAGACACAGGAAUAUUUAUAGGACCUCCACCUCCUGCUGUCGUCACUGAAGCUGAGUCUGCAAAUGAGGCAGAGCGCUUCGAAGAGAUUACAAGAAUUAUGGGUGCAGAUGAUGAUAGUCCGUACGAUAUACUGGGUGUCAACAAAAAUAUGUCAGCUGAUAACAUAAAGAAAAGGUACUGGAAGUUGUCUCUUAUGGUGCACCCUGACAAAUGUUCUCACCCACAAGCUCAUCAGGCAUUCGUUAAAUUGAACAAAGCUUUUAAAGAUCUGCAAGAUCCUGAUAAGGUGAAGAAAACGCUGGACGAUAAAAUAAAGCUCAAGGAGGAACAAGAGGAAUUGAAGAUAGAAUUGAAAGCCAUGCGUGAGGCUGCACAAUGGAGACGUUUGCAAGGUAUAUCCAUGGAGGGUGAUGACAUACUCUUGGCUGAGAUGGAUGUUAAAGUCGCACCAAAAAGAGAAGAAUGGAUGACAACUUUACCGCCUGAAAGAAAACCUGGAAUGACCAUGCAGUCGACAAGGUUUAGCAAGAGCUCGAAAGAAGGUCGAGGUGAUACCAGUGCCUGGACGGAUACUCCUUCAGAAAAGGCUCAGAAAGCAAAAAUGAAUUACUUGGAAGCCUACAAUGAGGCUACUGCAAUUGCUUCGAAGGAGCAUGAAAAGAAAACAGCAAAUACCGACGCAGAAUUGGUGGACCAGUAUAAUAAAGCCAAAAGAUCAAAGUCAUUGGUUGAAAAGCAUAAAGAAUCAGGCAGGAGUAGUUCAAAGAAAAAGUCGAAGCAGGAGCCAGUAAAAGAUGACUGGGAGGGAAAACAUCCAUGGAAACCUUGGGAUCGGGAAAAUGAUUUGACUGCUGGAAGGCAGAAGGUUAAAUUAGAUGCUGAAAACAUGGCUGCGGGCCUGACUUCCAGAUUUGCCUCAGGAUCUUUCCAAAGGAACUUUCUCUAGAUCGUUGAUUGCGUUCAGUCAAUGGAUUCAGCAGUACGAGUUCGAUGUUAUCUGCAGCUCUUGUGCUGAAUCUGGUUUGAGGUCAAUUAUCAUAGUUUUUUCAUUAAACAUCAUGUUAGUAACUGUAGUCCCAUGUAUCCCAUUCUGUAUAUUUAAUUGCUAUAUUAGACUCGAGAAGACACCAUAAUAGAAAAGAUUUUCACUUUUUGUCUUCAUUAGUAUUGUCCGGUCAAAUUCAUCUUACCAAACAUGUCAUCCUUAAGCUAUAUUCUACUGUGUCCGAGCAGCAUAUAUUUCAUGGUUA